AUGAACUCCGUGAUUCUGCAAAAGCUCAGGGUGUACUGCAACAAGAAACAGACAAAUUGGGCUCAGCUUCUAUCCAGCAUCAUGAUGAGUUACAGAGUCAGUCCAGCAGUUGAUUCCACAGGCUACUCACCAUACUACAUAAUGUUUGGGAGAGAAUGCAGACUACCUCUGGACACAGCCCUCAUACCCACGACAACUGCAGGUACAACACACGAGCAACACCUUAGACACAUCAUAAAGAAUCAGACAGUGUGCAGAGAGCUGGUGAGAGAAAAUAAGAAAUACUACGACAAGAAGGCUAAGACUUCCAACUUUAAUGUCCACGACAAUGUAUGGCGGUAUAAUCCAAGGACAGAGCCAGGAUUAUCACCGAAAUUGACGCAGCGUUGGACUGGACCAUUCUACAUAGCUGAAAAAAACUCAGUGAAGUCAAUUAUCGACUCAGAAAAAUACAAAACUAUCAAGAGUGUGGUCCAUGCAAACAGAUUUAAACCCUACUUCAACCCAGCACUGAGACCAACAAACAUCACAGAGGCGUUAAGAGGUCAGAAUGUAGUGGAGCUGCAAACUGAAGAAGAUGAAGACAGACAGGAAAAUAUUUCCCAGGAUAAUAUGGCAACAGAUUCACACAGCCCAGGAAGUGAGGCCAACAUGGAUAGCUAG